AUGUCAGCUUGUGAUUUUGAUCAGAAAAUUGAAAAUGGCAAAGUGCAAAUUAGUGCACCUGGCGAAAACAAGUUCCUCGACGUAGCUUUAGUAAAAUGUGACAAAGGGUAUGGUCCCAGUCAACAAAACGUGAAAUAUGAGGCUUCGGGAAAAUGGCAGCAUGCAACGUGUACAAAAUUACCAAGUGAUUGUAAAGAAGCCCUCGAUGUAUUCCCUGGGGCAGAAAGUGGACAAUAUAAGAUAGAACUAUGGAAAUCUGGGAAGAUUCUGACUGUGAAUUGUGACAUGGAAACCGAAGGCGGAGGUUGGACGAUAUUUCAUAGGCGAAUGGACGGGUCAGUGAUCAUUUAUCGCAAUUUUACAGAAUAUGAGAAUGGCUUUGGGAACCUUGGUGGUGAGUUGUACCUAGUCCUAGAUGCAGACUCCAAAUUUGCUUAUAAUAAUCAAAUGCCAUUUUCAACUUACGACCGUGAACUUGACGUGCAAUUUAAUUGGAACUGCGCCGUAAUAAGACAUGGAGCCUGGUGGUAUCACGCUUGUACUAUUGUCAAUCUAAAUGGAAAAUAUUUGACGCCAGGUAGUAGUUCAG